UUGGGCGGUGUUGCGGAGAUGUCCCACCCGCUGUCUGCUGCCGAACGCGGAACUCAAUUUACUGCUGCAUCUCAAAGGGGGAACGAGGUUCUACCGUAGCCUUAACAAAGAAGACACUAUCAUAUUUGGGCUGACGGGUCUUGUGGUCGUCUUUAAUCAUGUUCCGCUUGCGGGCUCUGUCCGCAGUUUCAGUGGGGCUGACCCAGCUGUCCCGCCGCUAUCACAGUGGGCCAGUCGGUGGGUCUGGCCGGAGGAGGCUGAUGCUGGUGGCCCUGGCUGGUGUAACCAGCGUGUCUGCGAGUGCUGGACUUCUAUGGAAAAGAGCAUAUGCUGAUGCAGGAGCUUCUGUUCAACACUCUGAGCAAGUGGCUAGAGAGGAAGCCGAUUUUGCGAGGGACACAGACUCUGAAAAAUCGGUGGAGUCCAGCAGCGGAGAUGAGGUAGCUCAAGAUGAAGGCGAAGAGGGGAAAAAAAAGAAACCCCGCUCAGGAUUCCGUGACCGCAAGGUGAUGGAGUAUGAGAACAGAAUCAGGGCGUACUCGACUCCAGACAAGAUUUUCCGCUACUUCGCCACACUGAAGGUCAUCAACGAACACGGGGAUGCAGAGGUUUACAUGACACCCCAGGACUUCAUCCGCUCCAUCACACCCAAUGAGAAGCAGCCUGAGAAUCUUGGCCUGGAUCAGUUCAUUGUGAAGCGCUAUGAUGGGAAGGACUUCUGGCAGACGGAGAAAAUCGCCCAGGAGAGAGAGAAGUUUGCCGAUGAGGAUAGCAUAUUUUACUCAUUAGGAGAAUGUGGUCUCAUCUCCUUCUCUGACUACAUAUUCCUCACAACUGUGCUGUCCACUCCCCAGAGGAACUUUGAGAUCGCUUUCAAGAUGUUUGACCUGAAUGGUGAUGGAGAAGUGGACCUGGAGGAGUUUGAACAGGUCCAAAGCAUCAUCCGAUCCCAGACCAGCAUGGGCAUGCGACACCGCGACCGCUCCACCACAGGGAACACUCUGAAGACGGCCGGCUGCAGCUCUGCUCUCACCACUUAUUUCUUUGGGGAGGACCUGAAGGGAAAACUCACUAUUGGCAGCUUCCUGGAGUUUCAGAGGAAACUGCAGCACGAUGUGCUCAAGCUAGAGUUUGAGAGGAACGACCCGGUGGACGGCAGGAUCACAGAGAGACAGUUUGGGGGGAUGCUGCUGGCGUACAGUGGCGUCCAGUCACGUAAACUCAAGCAGAUGCAGAAGGGCUUGAAGAAGAUGUUUAAGGAUGCACAGGGUAUCACUUUUGAAGAGGUGGAGAAUUUCUUUACCUUUCUUAAGAACGUGAAUGACGUGGACACAGCGCUUAGUUUCUACCACAUGGCUGGAGCCUCAAUAGACAAAGUUACCAUGAAGCAGGUGGCCCGCACCGUAGCCAAGGUGGAGCUGUCGGAUCACGUGUGCGACGUUGUGUUUGCUCUCUUCGACUGUGACGGGAACGGAGAGCUUAGCAACAAGGAGUUCAUAGCCAUCAUGAAGCAGCGGCUGAUGCGUGGGUUGGAGAAACCCAAAGACAUGGGAUUCACCCGGCUGGUGCGCGCCAUGUGGAAGUGUGCCCAGGACACCGCCUGGGACUUUGCCGCUCCGAAGACGUAGUGGACGUGCUGCGUGGCGGGAGACAAAGACAGGACAUGAAUUUCGGUACAGCUGCAGCAGCCCUGAGCGCCACCAUCAGUCAUUAUUGCAUGCUGCUGUACUUUAAGCUAUUAAUCCACAGUGACUGAAGCAUCCUGAAUGGCUCCUUCUCUUGUGCCUCGCUGCGGCGUUGCAUUGUACUUGCAUAUUUCAGUGUUUCAAUGUUUUGGCUUUUUCUUCCAUAUUCUAUUAAAAAAAUACAAGCUUUUUAAUUAUCUGACUUAAAAACACUAAAAAUAUAACUUUCUCCUUUCUUUUCAAGUGCAUUAAGCAAUAAAAAGGAAAUCAGUUUGGUUUUUACUCAGCUCUGUUUAAUACCGACAGUUUGUUUUGCCCAAAGCAAAUGAAAUCCUGCAGCUCCUCCUGUCUUCAUAUUCCUCACCAGUUUCUCCAAUAAAAACAACAUAAAAUGCUUCUCUUAAUCAUUGAAUAUGCUAUUAAAGAUGUUUUAAUAAUGUAAA